CAACGCCGAAGUCUUUGGCUCGAUCGGUGCAAACAAUUAUUGCUCUUUUUCCACACUGAUGCUUACUAGAUGGCCACUGAGUCAGUUAUCCACUUAGUUCGAUGUGGACACGAACAUUCCGGGAGGUCAGCAAACGGGAGGUCAGCAUACGGUAUAUUGGCAGCAGCUGUUCUGGUUAAUGGUCAGCCUGCUUUUGUGAGCAUAGAUUGUGGGUUUUCUGGUGAUCAUGCAUACAAUGACUUGGAUACUAAUUUAACUUACCAACCUGAUGGAGAGUUCAUAGAUACUGGAUCAAAUCAUGAAUUAGGUGCAACUUAUGUCACAGAUAAGCCAACUCAGGCUCGUAACCUGCGAAGCUUCCCUGAUGGUACUCGUAAUUGCUACACCAUAAAGAAUGUUAUUCGGGGUUAUAAAUAUCUCAUGCGAGCUUCCUUCUUGUAUGGCAACUAUGAUAAUGACAAUUCCCUGACAGACAAUGGACAAUUGGCAUUUGAUCUCUAUCUAGGUGUUAGUUUAUGGAAAACAAUGAGAAUCAUUGAUGCAGAUCAACUUUACAUUGCAGAGAUAAUAACCAUAGCCUCCUCUGAUUAUUUCUUUAUAUGUUUGUUAAGAACGGGCAAUGGGACCCCAUUCAUAUCUGCUCUUGAAUUGAGGCCAAUUGACAAUGGAAUCUACCACGAUGUGAAUCAAACAGUUUCUUUGCUAUUAUGGGAAAGGUGGGACAUGGGUUCUGAUCAAACUUUCAGAUAUCCGAAAGACAAGUAUGACCGCAAAUGGAUGCCGGACGGUAUUGGUCGUAGUUGUUCAGCUAAUUUGUAUAGAUGCAACAGUAACUCUGAACCAAACCCAAAUGUAGUAGCAACUACAGAGUUAGUCAGAUUUGAUGCCAAUGAUCCUUAUGCAGUGCCAUCAGUAGUAAUGCAGACAGCAAAGGUGGCACCAGACAACAUCACCCUGGAAAUUGAUUUUCGUGAUGGAAACAGUAUUUCACCCCCUCCCCUUCCCCCUCCCUUGUUCUAUAUCUACUUGCACUUUUCUGAGCUGAAUGCCAGCGCCAGCGCCAGCGCCAGCAGAGUAUUUCUAAUUAAAAUACCUGGUAUUAAGUCCAUUCCUUACACCAUGACCUCAGAAUACUUGGCUGAAAGACACGUUCCUAUAAGCUACCAAGCUGACCCAGACCCCAGCACAUAUUAUUUAACUCUGACAAAGAUGCAGGGAUCUAUGCUUCCUCCACUGAUCAAUGCCAUGGAAGUUUAUUCCAAAAUAAACCUUGCAAGUAUUGCAACUGACGAAAGAGAUGUUGAUGCUAUGAUGGCCAUAAAGAAGCAGUAUGAUAACAAGCACAAUUGGCAAGGUGACCCAUGUGUUCCUGCAAAUUUGAGUUGGAGCAUAGUUAAUUGCACUUCUUCUAGCUCAACAUCCUUUAGGGUUACAUCCUUAAACCUUUCUUAUAAAGGACUAGAAGAUUCUCUAUCAACUGCCAUUGCAAACCUAACAGCCCUCAAAAUCUUGGACCUAUCAAACAAUUACUUGAGAACUUUUCCUGAUUUUCUUGCAAACUUGAGUUCACUCCAAAGUCUAGAUUUAUCAUCCAACAAACUUGAUGGUCCUAUGCCAGCUCACUUGUGCCAUAAACAAGCAAAGGGCUUACUGUCGCUGAGACUAGAGGGCAACCCAUGUAGCUCAGGAGGCGCCUGUGAGUGUAGCAAGCAUACAAAUAGAAGUCAGGUUCUUGUGGUUUCCAUGGCUGCAACUGUGGUUGUAGUACUCAUUCUACUCUCAGUGUUCUUCAUAUGGCGGAGAAGAAGAGGCAAAAGACAACCAUCCAAACCACAACAAAAAUGGAAGCAGAUUGGAGGUAGUUCCUUCCACACUGACAAUUCUCGUUUCACAUACCACGAUCUGAGGAUGAUCACCAACAAUUUUGAGAGAGCAAUCGGCAAAGGAGGCUUUGGCACUGUUUACUAUGGUCGCUUGCCUGAUGGCACUGAAGUUGCAGUGAAGAUGCAGAAGCGGUUGCUUGCAAUUGAUGAAGGUGUUACUGAAGAGCUGAAGAAUGACGAGCUGUCUUCAUAUUCCCACGCCAUCAAGGAGUUUCAGGUUGAGGCCCAACUCUUAUCGAGGGUGCAUCAUAGAAACUUGGUGUCCUUGAUUGGUUUCUGUAAUGAAGGGUAUUCCCUUGGACUUGUCUUUGAAUAUGCAGCUCAAGGAAGUCUCAGAGACCAUCUCUCAGAAAAAGCAUACAGUGAAAAAAAUCUGAGUUGGAGAGAGAGACUUCGUAUUGCAAUUGAUGCAGCACAAGCAGGAUUAGAGUAUUUACACAAGUCAUGUAAACCGCCAAUAAUUCAUCGAGAUGUGAAGACUAGCAACAUCCUCUUGUCUGAAAACUUUGAGGCAAAGAUUGCAGAUUUUGGGCUAUCCAAGUCUUUCCUGAGCGAUGCCCAGACUCACAUAUCUACCCAUGCUAUUGCUGGAACUCCUGGAUAUGUUGAUCCUGAGUAUCACAACACAUUCCGUUUUAACGAGAAGAGUGACGUAUAUGGUUUCGGAAUUGUUCUGCUGGAGCUAGUCACAGGUCUUCCGGCCGUGCUGAAGUUUCCCGAAACAGGUCACAUCCUUCAGUGGGUGAGGCAGGGGCUUGCUCGAGGGAAUGUGGCUGAUAUUGUUGAUUUGAGAUUGAAACGUCAAUACGACAACUAUUCUGUCAAAAAGAUCAUUGAUUUAGCAUUGCAUUGCACUUCCAUGGAUGCCAAUGAGAGGCCAACCAUGACUGUGGUGUCGAUGCUGUUGAAGGAGAGCCUACAACUGGAGCUUGCUCGCGGAGAACCUGAACCCAGCAUGAGUUCUUACACUGAAAUUCUUGAUGUUAGUCAAAGCGGCACAUCAGAAAUCACGAGUUCUGCGCCCGAAAUGAGUGGGCCAAGUGCAAGAUAGUUUGCUUCUUCUCUUCCCCUAGUGUCAAGCUCCAUUGACAUGUUUUGGCAUCUCCCUCCUAAAGUAGGUCGAUGGCGCAAAUCUACUGUAAAUUUAGUCCAGUAAACUGUAAAAUAGAAAGUUAGUUAGUACGAGUGUACGACAAACAUUUGAGUAUUUAUUAUCAGUAACUUGUACACAGAAUUACAGCAAUAAUGCCUUUAUCUGAAAAUGAAA